UGCAGGUUAUCAGUUUAACACCGCUACAUUUUAGUCACAUAUAAUCAGUGCCCUUAUGUCUUGGUAAGGGAGACGGGCAAGACGGCAGUGUUGAAAGUGAAACAUGGUGUCCCUUCUCGCUGUUCUGUUUGUUCUCUCAUCGGCGGUUGCCAUGGACAUUCCCAUUACAAAACACUGGGAUGGUGGUUUUCGGUCGGACUUCUGUGAACCUAUCACUCAAACCAUGCAUCACUGGACAGCUCAUCUCAUCUUUGACCAUCACGUCGAUACGCUAGACAUCUGGGUUGCUGAUGUUCAGCAAACUCUGAAUGGAGGUAAAGAGUUUGUCCUGGUCAACAAGGCAUCUUAUGGCGAACAGAAGGCUGGCGACAAACUGUGUGUGAAGCUAAUUGGACGUGUCACUGGUGACAUCGUUCCAAAAGCCCGGUUCUACAUUGAAGGCAUGGACGGCCCGGUAUCAGCUACCCAGAAACCCAUCAGACAUACAGCCAAACCGGGCACGCCACAAACGUUUAGCUAUGUCACAGGCAAAGUUCUUUAUGAAUAUUAUGGAUUCGAUCCGAGUGAUUACAAAAAGGGCAUAACUGUGCUACAACAUGGAGGCUUCGACGAAGACUCUGGCUCCGUUGUCCUUGACCCUGCCGGUACCGGGGAACAUGUCCUGAAAGUGUUCUACGAGAAGGGACACUAUAUCAAAGUUCGGGGCCACCGAGGGAUUCAGUUCUACUGGACCCCUAUCAGUCCCCAAACGACGCUGACCUUGAGCUACGACAUCUACUUCGACCCCAACUUUGACUGGGUUAAGGGAGGCAAGCUACCGGGUUUGUGGGGAGGGUCCCAAACCUGUUCUGGGGGACGUCACAACGAGGAAUGUUUCUCAACACGCUUUAUGUGGAGGACUGGUGGGGGUGGGGAACUGUACGCCUACAUCCCCUCUGGACAACGCGCCGACUUCUGCACUAAGAACAUUUGCAACUUCGACUACGGUAACUCUUUAGGUAGGGAUUCGUGGCACUUCAAGAAGGGAGUCUGGCAGAACAUAGCUCAGGAGGUGAAGCUAAACACGCCGGGAAAGCAGGACGGUACAGCAAAAGUUUGGUACAAUGGUAAACAAGUAUAUGAAAUCAACAACGUUAACUUCCGCACCAAAUCCAGCGUCACCAUCGACGGAAUUUUUUUCUCAACCUUCUUUGGUGGUUCAUCGCCGGAUUGGGCGCCAACAAGAGAUUCGUACGUCUAUUUCAAGAACUUUGUUUUGUCAAAUGACGUGACUCCGGGUCAUAUCAUUGGUUGAGAGACAAAGGGUUAACCAUGCUUGUUUGUAAUCCUUUGCAAUAAAUCAAGCUACAGUUUA